CCGAACCCGGCCGCGGCGGCAGUCCCAGAAGUCCGUCGCCGAAGCCCGCCCGCCGUGGCCGACGCCUGCGUUCCGGGGAGAAGCGUCUAGGACGCGGCUGUCAGCGGGAAGCGGCCCGAUGCGGCCCGAGGGCGCGGCCGUGGAGCGCGGCGGCCGGGGGAGCCCGCCUGAGGAGAGCAGGAGGGAGCACUGGCAGUUGCUGGGUAACUUGAAAACGACUGUGGAGGGCUUGGUGUCAGCCAACAGUCCCAAUGUCUGGUCCAAGUAUGGCGGCCUGGAGCGGCUCUGCAGGGACAUGCAGAGCAUACUCUAUCAUGGACUCAUCCACGACCAGCAGGUGUGCUGCCGUCAGGCUGACUACUGGCAGUUCGUGAAAGACAUACGCUGGCUCAGUCCCCACUCAGCCCUUCAUGUGGAGAAGUUCAUUGACCUGCAUGAGAAUGAGCAGAACAGCUCUGGCGAGGAGAAUGAGCAUGCUGUGGCCGAGCUGUGGCUGCAGCACAGCCUGCAGAGCCACUGUCUCUCGGCCCAGCUCCGGCCCCUGCUCGGGGACAGGCAGUACAUCAGGAAAUUCUACACAGAGACUGCUUUUCUGCUAAGCGACGCCCAUGUCACAGCCAUGCUUCAGUGCUUAGAAGCGGUGGAACAGAACAACCCCCGUCUCCUCGCUCAGAUUGAUGCUUCUAUGUUUGCUGGGAAGCAGGAGAGCCCACUGCUCUCGACAAAGAGCCAGAGCCUCACUGCCCUGCCCGGCUCCACACAUGCGCCCCCACCUGGCAGCACCCAGCCUUCCUACUUUGGGUCCUUCUCUAGCCUCCAGCCCGUCUCCAACAACAACUCAGAAAGAAGAUCUACUUCCUUUUCCCUCUCUGGUCCUCAGAGGCCCCAGGAGAGCAGAGGACACAGCUCACCGACAGAGGGCCAGACUGCCCAAGACGCGCUGCUCCUGUCCUCCCCUGUAGCCAAGGAUUCCCUCUCAACCCCACAUGAGAUGAGCUCCAGCACCCUGACCAGCCCCAUUGAAACUUCCUGGGUCAGCAGCCAGGAUGAGUCUCCGAGUGAAGCCAGCGAGGGGCCUGAGUACUUGGCCAUUGGGAACCCAGGCCCCCAAGGCUGGACUGCCCGCUGUCAGAGUCACGGCGGCAGUGAGGAGAACAGCAUCUCCCAGAAGCUGGAGUCUGCUGCUGCUUCCCUCGGAGGCCAGGAGGGAGGUGGGCAGAGCCCGCUGCCCAGCGUUCUGCGCAGGUCCAGCUUCUCAGAGGGACAGAUUCUCACGGUUCCCAGUGGAACAAAGAAAUGCCACACUCGCUCCCAUUCAGACACCAACAUUGCGUCCAGGGGAGCCCCAGGAGGCCCCAGGAGUGUCACCAUCAUAGUUGAAGACCCCAUUGCAGAGAGUGGCCAGCACCUGUGCUCGGGGGAAGGCAUGUUCCGGAGACCCUCGGAGGGACAGUCUCUCAUCAGCUACCUGUCUGAGCAAGACUUUGGCAGCUGCGCUGACCUGGAAAAGGAGAAUGCCCACUUCAGCAUCUCAGAGUCCCUGAUUGCUGCCAUUGAGCUGAUGAAGUGCAACAUGAUGAGUCAGUGCCUGGAAGAGGAAGAGGAUGGGGAGGAGGACAGUGAUCGGGAGAUCCAGGAGCUGAAGCAGAAGAUCCGCCUUCGCCGCCAACAGAUCCGCACCAAGAACCUGCUCCCUGUGUACCAGGAGACCGAGCACGGCAGCUUUCGAGUCACUUCCAGCAGCUCUCAGUUUAGUUCACGUGACUCAACCCAGUUCUCUGACUCUGGCUCUGCUGAUGAGGUUGAUGAGUUUGAAAUUCAAGAUGGUAGCGAAGGAUCUAACCUGACUCCCAUGUCAAAGACUGGACUCUCAGUGUCAAUGGCCUCCAUGUUUUCAGAUGCUGACAUCAGAAGGAACACAGUCCCAAACAGCAAGUCCUUCAUUUCUUCCCAGUCCUUCUCCCACUGCUUCUCACACUCCACCUCUGCCGAGGCCGUGGCCAUGGGGCUCCUGAAGCAGUUUGAGGGCAUGCAGCUGCCGGCAGCCUCAGAGCUCGAGUGGUUAGUUGCAGAGCACGAAGCCCCUCAGAAGCUCCUGCCCAUCCCUGACUCACUCCCCAUCUCACCGGAUGAUGGGCAGCAUGCAGACAUCUACAAGCUCCGCAUCCGUGUCCGUGGGAACCUGGAGUGGGCGCCACCACGGCCUCAGAUCAUUUUUAAUGUCCAUCCGGCUCCCACGAGGAAGAUCGCUGUGGCCAAGCAGAAUUACCGCUGUGCGGGCUGUGGCAUCCGCACCGACCCAGAUUAUAUCAAGCGGCUGCGGUACUGUGAGUACUUGGGCAAGUACUUCUGUCAGUGCUGCCAUGAGAACGCCCAAGUGGUCAUCCCCAGCCGGAUCCUGCGCAAGUGGGACUUCAGCAAGUACUGCGUCAGCAACUUCUCCAAGGACCUGCUCCUCAAGAUCUGGAACGACCCGCUCUUCAACGUGCAGGACAUCAACAGUGCGCUCUACCGGAAGGUCAAGCUGCUCAGUCAAGUCCGGCUGCUGCGAAUCCAGCUGUAUCACAUGAAGAACAUGUUCAAGACGUGCCGGCUGGCCAAAGAGCUUCUGGAUUCCUUUGACGUAGUUCCAGGCCACCUCACUGAGGAUCUCCACCUGUACUCACUGAAUGAUCUCACUGCCACCAAGAAGGGGGAGCUGGGGCCCCGGCUUGCCGAGCUUGCCAGGACAGGGGCUGCCCACGUAGAGCGCUGCAUGCUUUGCCAAGCAAAGGGCUUCAUCUGUGAGUUCUGUCAGAAUGAGGAUGACAUCAUCUUUCCUUUUGAACUCCACAAAUGUCGGACCUGUGAAGAGUGUAAAGCAUGUUAUCAUAAAGUCUGUUUCAAGUCCGGAAGCUGUCCACGCUGUGAGCGGCUGCAGGCACGGCGGGAGCUGAUGGCGAGGCAGAGCCUGGAGUCCUACAUGUCAGACUACGAGGAGCCCACGGAAGCCUUGGAGCUAGAGGCCUCCGUGCUGGAGACCACCUGAGGGCACUUGGGCAGCCUCUCAGCUCGGAGGAGCACACAGUGCAACAUCGACCCACCCAUUGAAGAACCUGCCCUGCUUGGGAUUUUUUAAAAAAUUAUUAUAACCAUUUUUUUUUUUUUAAUGACUUGUUUAGUGUCUGUGUAUGGUCAGCUUUCAUUAGGUUGCUGGGGUUCAUUCUGUGGCGAUGGUUUGCAGGUAUCAGGUCGUUUUAGCAAAGCUGGCAGUUGGGUCGUGUAGGGAAGCUCCUUGUGCUUCCGUCCAGGCAGGGAACAUUGAGACCCAGUUCUUCUGAUGCUCAUGGCCAGUUCUGCUCAGACUGAUGCUGUUUCAGCUGCGUCUCAAAUACCACGUCUAGUUUUAUUUUUAGUUCAGGAGCAUCUGAGCUAGGCCCUCUCAGUCAACCCACUUCUCCUUUGCUGCUGAAACAGAAUGAAAAGUUUGUUCCUUCUCCCAGCCCUGGAAAAGUGGUGACCUGUGCCCUGAGAAGCAGCAGAUAUGGGGGCUUCCUAGGCUAGGAAGUUUGUUGAGUUUGUUAAGUAUCUUGAGUUUGCUGAGGUAUCAGAGAUGCUUACUAAAGGGCUCCAGUGUUACCCUAGAGCCCUCAGGGACCUCAAGGAGGCAGCUUUGAUAACCUCAUCGGAAAUAUUCCAGGCAUAGCUAGUUGUAAGCUCACUUUCUUUGUUUACCCAUGUGGGCUUGAAGCAAAGAAUAGAAUGGAUUCUGGGCCUGGGCCCAUUUUCAGCCUUAACACCAAUCAGAGUGAGGCUACACUUCUAUUUAAGGAAUGUUGGAAAUGGUGUUCAUUUCCUUCUAGGUGAUAAGGUCCCUUUAAACAGCCCGACUCUUAGAAAUUCUCAAUGGUGUUCCAAAUUGAGAGAAAUACCUCCCACCAUCGUCUUAGUGGGUCUUUUGCCUCUGUGUCAUCUGUGGGUUGGCCACUGGGGUUCUGAGAAGUAUGCUAGCAUGCUGGGACCUUUCCUGGAGACUUCUCUCCCAUCUUUAUUUUUUUGUGUUUGUGUAAAAGUUGGGGGAAAGCUUUCUGCUAUCAGUGUUGGUAGAGAACUUGACAAUUUGUGGAUGUGAAUGUGAAUGUCCCUGUGUUCUUGGGAUAACAAGAGCUUCUAUGCCAAUUAAGCACUUAACUCUUUAGCCUGGCAAUAGUCAUAUACUUCAUCAUAUUUUUUAUGUUACUAAUUUUAACACACACACA